AUGCCACCAAAACAUAACAGUGUGUUAAAUCGCCAGGCGAGAAAAAUUAUUUACGAUUUAACGCAAUAUAUGAAAAAAGAAAAAGAAGAAGGCGUAAAAGAUGUCGAUAAAGUUUAUUUAAGAGUUGCUAACGCAACUGGUGUGUCCCAACGCACAGUACAGCGGAUCGCAACUGAAGGCAAUAUUUCGGGCUUACUUUCAGUAUUCCGCACGCCUGGUAAAAAAAGGUCUAGAUCAAAACCUAUUACUGAUAUGGAUAAUUUUGACCAGGGAGUAGUAAAAAGAUGCAUACACAACUUCCACAAAACUGAAAAAGAAAUGCCGACGAUAAACAAAUUACUAGCGAAACUCAAACGGGAUAUAAAUUUUCAAGGUGGUAAAACGAGCUUAAAGACAAUUAUCAAAAACUUGGGUUUCAAGUGGCGAAAGACCGAAACCAAUAGAAUGGUUCUUAUAGAGAAGACCGACAUUCGCCUGAAAAGGAUCUUGUACUUGAAGGCAAUGAAAAAAUACAGGGACGAAGGGCGACCAAUUGUAUUCACUGACGAGUCGUAUGCCCACUCAUCACAUACAAAAGGUAAGGCGUGGUCAGAUGGUUCCGCUCAAGGACUAAAGCGCCCGAUAUCAAAAGGUCAGCGGAUAGUGAUGGUACACGCUGGGUCAGAAGCAGGGUUUGUUCCGAACGCGCUACUAAUGUUCAAAUCUGGCAGCAAAACCGGAGACUAUCAUGAUGACAUGAAUUUCAAAAAUUAUGAGAAAUGGUUACGGACCCAACUGAUUCCAAAUUUGAGCCCUAACUCGGUGGUGGUUAUCGAUAAUGCUCCGUACCACAACAAAUUAAUGGAUCCUGCCCCUACAUCUAAUGACAAGAAGGCAAAAAUGGAAUCGUGGUUAUUAGAAAAGGGUAUACCAUAUGAAAAGGACAUGCGUAAACCACAACUUUACGAUCUAAUAAAAAAAAACAAAGACGUGAAUAAAAAAUACGUAAUAGAUGAAAUGUUUAAACAAAACAACCACGAUGUCCUUCGUUUACCCCCAUAUCAUCCCGAUUUAAACCCCAUCGAGAUGGUGUGGGCUGCCAUUAAAGGGCACGUAGCCGCUAAAAACGUCGACUGGAACGUAACCCGGACAAUGGAGCUCAUACAAGAAAAAGUAAAUUUAAUGGGUCAGAAUGAAUGGAGUGCUUUAUGCAGAAAAGUGCAAGAGGUCGAACAUGACUAUAGGAAGAGCGACCAUAUUAUUGACGAAAUGACGGAUCAAUUAUUCAUCAUUAAUACAGCUUCAGAUUCAGAAAGUGAGUCUGAAAGUGAGAGCGACGAUUACGAAGAUGAACCUAUGCCAAGUACCUCACAUGGUACACAAGGGGCCGACGACUUUAUGUUAGGAAUUUCCCCCCUCAGCGACAGUGAUUAA